AAACCCCUACAUAUCCCCAGAAGCAAGAUCAUAGUCAACCAGGUCAGCAAAUUGGACAGCCUUACCAAGGGGACGCACAUUGGUCAAGACAUGGCCAUCCAGACCAAGAUCAGAGCCAAUACAGAAAUCGAUCUCAGUUCCAGUCAAUGGAUAGAGCUGAACCGACCAUACGGCAUGUGCUCUACAGCCCACCAAGGUCUGCUCAACCGCCAACUGGUUCAAACCUAACGAAGUCUCCUGGUUUUGUACCCCGCGAAAAAGUCAUUUCUCCUGUCAUGUCGAUAUCCCGUCUUUUGAGCGAUAGCAGCAGCGAACAGCAAAGUGAAGAACCGUCUGAAAUGGCAAGUCAACAACCGGCGAGAGACUUUGUCGCUCAACCUCCACCCCGUUCUUCCGCCUUUCAUGCCACCAAUGCCGCCUCACAUGGUUACUCGACAAAUCAGGACGUUGAGCGAUCUCCCGCACACGCCCCAAUGUCUUCUUCCGCUGGCCCUGUGCGACAUAAUGGAAUUAAUGAUUUGCUUAACCAUGGUGGUGAAGGUAACCGACGCUCUUCGCAGUCUUCAGAACUGACACCCCAAUCCUCACUGGAUCCGAAGGCUAAGCCUGGACAUCGAACUACCUACUCCUUUGGCAAGCAAUCCGAUUUUCCAAAUGUGAAAGUAGAGGAGGUUAAUGGUGCCCAACAACCUAAUGGUGCGUGGCAAACCCAAAACAAUGGUCACUUUCAGCCAUCUACUGUGCAGUCGUGGUCUUCUCUGCCGUCUCACAGGGAUGCGCACACAGGCGCAAACCAUGAUCAUCCAACGUCCCCUCUAUCGUCUUCAUAUCAAGUGGAAGAGGAUAAGGUGCAUGCAAAUAAGAGAUCCGAUAAGCGACAUGUAUCUGCUCGAAAUGGCUACAUGCCCCAUGAUAGAGAGCAUGAAGCGUUGAGCGACAGUGAGGAUGAUGACGAGUUUCUACGAACCCAUUCAUCACAUCUUGUCAAAUACAUGAUUGAUAUUCAUAAGCGACGGAAGAGAGUCCUUGAGGAGUACGAACAAAAGCGUGAGAGACGACGAGCUAAGAUGCAAGAUCAAUUAGCACGCAUCUAUGAAAAGAGACUAGGUUCAAAAUCUUCCAUGCGACCUGUUACAGGCGACGAUGUUAUGUCCAUCCCCAUAGAUCUGUUGUUGCGUUCUACCAAAGGAGCAAGUGAUUUGUCCAAGAAACAUUACAGACGUCAAGGAGACCAUUCCUGGAAAAAGUAUAUGGAUGCGAACAAUGUUUCUGGAAACACGAGCAAUCUUUUCGAUAUGGCAAAUCAAGUGUCACAGAGUUCACGCAAAUCCAAGAAAGGACGAUCCAGUUCGCAGCGUAAAGUCGAAGAUGAACGACGAAAGAUUUGGAUUAAUAUUGCUCGCAAGGAUAUUCCAAGAAUGUCCAAGAUCCUCUCUCGUGUUCAAGCCACACGCAUGGGUAAUUGUAAAAAGGUUGCACAAUACUGUCAGAAGGAGGCUCGACGAGCUGCUACCAAGUCUGGUAGAGCUCAUCGCGAUGUUCAAAACAAAGCUAAGAAGGCCAUGAAAGAGAUGUUAAUGUUCUGGAAGAAGAAUGAAAAGGAAGAAAGAGAGCUUCGAAAGAAAGCAGAGAAGGAAGCACUCGAGCGCAUUCGUCUUGAAGAGGAACGGAGAGAAGCACAACGCCAGGCGCGCAAACUUAACUUCCUUAUUACUCAAACCGAGUUGUAUAGUCAUUUUAUCGGCAAAAAAAUCAAGACUAGUGCGGCAGAAGAAGACGACGAAACUGCUACCGAUGAUAGAAAUGAGAAUGCUGGUGCGUCUCAGUCCGGCGUGGAUCACGAUGAUUUAGAUGAGACUGAAGGCCACAAGGAACUGGAUGAUGUUGAUUUUGACGAAGAUGAUGAAGAGAAGCUUCGUCAGCAAGCGAAGCGCGGUGCUCAGAAUGCUCUGGCCAUGCAACUGGAACGGACAAAGGCAUUCGACGAAGGUGCUCGCGAGCGUCGUGCUGCGGCCGAGAGUGGCUCAUCCUCAAUACCUUUGAAUGCUGACGACUUUGACUCUGACUCUAUGAACUUUCAAAAUCCCACCAGUAUGGGAAUGGGUCCAGAAGUUCAGCAACCAAAAAUGCUCAUGUGUCAACUUAAAAAUUAUCAGCUCAAGGGUCUCAACUGGUUGGUCAAUUUGUACGAACAAGGUAUCAAUGGUAUUUUGGCUGACGAAAUGGGUCUCGGAAAAACCGUACAAUCGAUUUCCCUCAUGGCUUACCUUGCGGAGACAAACAAUAUCUGGGGACCCUUCUUGAUCAUUGCGCCCGCCUCUACCCUUCACAACUGGCAACAAGAAGUCACCCGCUUUGUACCAGGAUUCAGGGUCCUUCCUUACUGGGGUAACCCUAAGGACCGAAAAACUCUUCGCCAGUUUUGGACAAAGAAGCAACUCUAUGGCAAAGAUGCCCCUUUCCAUGUUGUCAUUACAAGUUAUCAAUUGGUUGUCACUGACGUGCAAUACUUCCAACGCGUCAAAUGGCAGUACAUGGUGUUGGAUGAAGCGCAAGCCAUUAAGAGUUCAGCCAGUGCUAGAUGGAAAAUUUUACUAGGUUUCCAUUGCAGAAAUCGCUUGCUGCUUACAGGAACACCUAUUCAAAAUAGUAUGCAAGAACUAUGGGCUUUGCUUCAUUUCAUUAUGCCUACCCUCUUCGAUUCUCAUGAAGAAUUCAGCGAAUGGUUUUCAAAAGAUAUUGAGAGCCACGCGGAAAACAAAGGCACUCUCAACGAGCAUCAGCUGAGAAGACUUCAUAUGAUAUUGAAGCCUUUCAUGUUGCGACGUAUCAAGCGUAACGUUCAGCAUGAACUUGGCGAAAAGAUUGAACUUGAGCUCUACUGUGACCUGACCGCUCGGCAAAGAGCGCUGUACCGCGGCCUCAAAGAAAAACUAUCCAUCUCAGAACUUCUUGAAAAGGCAACAUCUCUCAGUGAUUCCGAUAGCUUGGACAGCUUGAUGAAUCUGGUGAUGCAAUUCCGAAAGGUUUGUAAUCAUCCCGAGCUCUUCGAACGUGCAGAUGUGCAUUCUCCCUUCGCUUUCUGUGAAUCUAGUCGUACAAUGUCGCUCUCUAAGGAAACGUAUCUCAACUGUCCCUACUCCACUGAAAGCGUCAUCAAGUUUAAGAUUCCAAAGAGGCUGUACCGCAACGGCGGUAUCCUUAACAUUGCUGGUCCUGACUCAAGAGCUGGUUUUGAGACUAAAUAUCUAGACCAGUUGCUGAACAUUUGGACACCCGAAAACGUCUAUAACUCGAUGUACUCUGAACAACCAGAUUCUACAUUCUCGUUUCUACGGUUUACGGAUCUGGAUGCAUCAGAUGCUGUUCGCAUUGCUAGAGAGCAUGUUAUGCAAAGAUGGGUUAACCACCUUGCCGUCAGAGACCAAGAGGCCCGGCGCCGAUUCUACCUUGACGAUUCUAAUGUCUACCCAACUGCACCUGUUCAUACAUAUGCUAGCUUCCUCAUCAAUCAAACUGUAUCCCCUUUCGCUGCAUCCAUUCUUUCUCCUGGUCAGCCUCUAUACGAAUUGUCACAUAUCAUGGAUAAUAUGACCAGCACCUUUAGCAAAGUUGAGCAGAUGUAUAUACCGACGGCGCGAUCACCACCUGUGACUUUAAUAUGCUCUGAUAGGCAGUGCGAAAUAGAACAGAGGGAUAUAAUGUUUGAUCGUCCUACUCGUGCCGUCCUCUUCGGAAGAUUGGAUCAUGUUCCCAAGGCAGCUAGAAAGGACGCAGCUGAACUCUCAAAGGUUAUCACCCGCAAUGACGGUAGAGGUUUAUUGCCUGUCCCAAUCUCCAACAACGGAUACUCACUUAUCAGAGUACCAGCGAUGAGCGAUCUUAUUCUUGACUCCGGCAAACUGCACAAACUCGAUAAGCUACUUGAACAGCUGAAGGCCGAAGGACACAGAUGCUUGAUCUACUUCCAAAUGACCAGGAUGAUUGAUCUUAUGGAGGAGUAUAUUUCAUACAAGCAAUAUAAGUAUAUGCGCCUUGAUGGAUCAUCUAAGAUUUCAGAUCGUCGAGAUAUGGUCACCGAUUGGCAGACUCGACCUGAAAUUUUCAUCUUUUUGCUCAGUACCAGAGCUGGUGGUUUGGGUAUCAACUUAACCGCAGCCGAUACAGUCAUCUUUUACGAUUCCGAUUGGAACCCUACGGUUGAUCAACAGGCCAUGGAUCGUGCCCAUCGUCUUGGUCAAACCAAGCAAGUUACUGUCUAUCGACUCAUUACCAAAAACACUAUUGAAGAACGAAUUCUUAUGCGAGCUAAGCAAAAGGAUGAGAUUCAAAAAGUGGUUAUUUCUGGUGGCGAGUUCAAGCAAGUUGACUUUAAGCCGCGCGAAAUUGUUUCCUUGCUGCUUGAUGACGAAGGUAUGUUCGCCUUAUAACAACUAUUUUUCAAAUGUGUCUUUUUUUAGCUUCGCAUCUAAUCAAUCUUACCUCUGCAUGCAGAAUUGGACACUCAAAUUCAGCAGCAAUUGAAGCGAAAGGCUCAGGAAGAUGAGGCAGCAAAGGAAAAGCGUGCAGCGAGUGCAAUUAAGCGGCCGCGAAAAGGAGCUUCGAAAGAUUCAACUCCAUCGGAAACACCUGCUCAGAGCCCUUACGCUGUUGACAAAUUAUUCUCGGCUGGCGG